CAACAUGUCAAGCACAAAACAAUCCUCAGACUUAUUAAACGUAAGCGGAAAAGACAAGAAAAUAGAGAAUUUGAUUCGUCCCGAGACAAAAGAGAAAAAGAGCAUAAAUGAUAUUCCUUCACUUUUAGCAGCCAGCUCAGCAAACAAAACAGUACCCAGUGCUCCAAGUGAUAUUCUGUCUCGAGUUCAAGCAUUUUUACCUCAAUUAAAACAAGCCAAUGAACAAUUGAAGGCGGCUGAUCCAUCAAAAUUAGACAUUGAAAACGUAAAUGAAGAAGGACAGUAUAUUGAAAUGAAUCUCGGUCUUGGUGUAUUUGAAGAGAAACAUGAUAGUGACGAUGAGAGUGAUAGUGAAGAUAUUAUUGUUCCAAAAAUUAAAGAAAUCUAAGUCUGACUUUAUUUAAUUUCCUGACUGCCAUUGUCGUGGGAAAUUAAACCCUUUUUCUAUUAUGUUGGCACGAAAAAUAAAUAGGUUUUUUUUCUCUA